AACAUAAGUGAUUGGUAACACUGGGCCUUUGGUUAAUCAUACCUCUGUUAUGUUGUAGGUCUUGAAAACUCGCGCCAGUCUACUCGCGGAGAUGUUCAGGUCGGUAUGUGUGGCCAGAUCAGGUUCCGGUGUAAUGUUUCGUGUUUUUCGAGUCGUAACGUGGUAAAAUGUGCGAUAUUCGCGGACGACAAGUUCUGUUGUAAAUAAGUAUCUGUGUUCGUUUUUUUUAAAAUUCCAUUUUAAAAUGUCCGAGUGUUGAAUUUAUCGGUUACGUGAUUGCAUCGGUUAAAAUAAUUUGGUCUGGUAAUUUGUUAUAGUUUUUUUUAAAAAAAUCGUCGGAAUUUUCUGCGUGAUUUUAUUUCAAAUAUUUUGCCAAUCGAUUUCCAAGUUUUUUGCCCCGUUGCUUCGCGAAGGAAAAUGCGAAAAUUGCUCGAAGAAUUAAUUUUACGAUGCGUUUUUGUCGCGUAAGAAAAUUUAGUUCUAAAUAAAUCUCACGUUACUGUCAUCUUUCCUCUCCCUUUUGUAUAUAUUUCAAAAUAUCGAAAUAAUGAGGUUAAUUAUUAUUUUCGGAGCAUUUUCGAUAUUUUGGGGUUGCGGUGGAACGCCGGUCGCGACACCGAAUUCGACGACGACGACGACGCCGCAGUCGCAGACGAUUACACCUUUGAGAUACGAAGCUCCGGACGACUGUCAGUGGUGGUUAAGGGAGAGUAAUUACGCUAGCGGCGAAGAGGUGGCUUUAACCUGUAAUUUGAGAACGAUAAAUAGCGAAUUUGAGACGUCCAAUUUCAGCGUUAUACCAUCCGAGCAUACGACCUCGCUGAAAAUCGAAUGCAAUGGCGAUCUGAUGUCUAGAAGUUCGUUGAACGAUAAAAGUUUCGCGCAUUUGACUCGGCUACGCGAGUUGAUCUUGGAUUAUUGCAAAUUGGGCAAAUGGCCUUCCGGAACGUUGGUUGGAUUGCGAGAUUUACGUAAUUUGACCAUCCGAACGCAUAACAUGGAUUGGCCAACUAUUAGUUUGGAUUUAUCGCCCGAGAGCUUUUACCCGGUCAAACAAUUGGAACGUUUAGAUAUCAGCACGAAUAACAUUUGGUCAUUCACCGAGAACAUAUUCUGCCCGUUGACCAAUUUGGUCAGUCUGAACGUGAGUGAAAAUCGUUUACAAGAUGUUGGCGAUCUAGGUUUUCGCGAAAAAGCACCGUCUGCCCAAGCUUUGGUCUUUCAAGAUGACGAACCGGUUGCCGAAGAGAAACCUAACGUUGCGGCGACUGGUUGCAAUUUGAAUAUACGUAUUUUGGACGCGUCCUUCAAUCAUUUCGUACUUUUGCCGAGUAACGGUUUCAGCGUCCUAAAGCAGCUUCAAGAAUUACGCGUACACGAUAACGAAAUCUCUAUGGUGGCCGAUAAAGCGCUGGGAGGGUUGAAGAAUUUGAAACUGUUGGAUUUAUCGAAUAAUAAAAUCGUCUCGUUGCCGUUGGAAUUGUUUCGCGAAUGCGCCGACAGCAUCAAGGAGAUAUAUUUGCAGAACAAUUCGAUCAGUGUUUUGUCGCCGAGGUUAUUCUCCGAUCUGAAUCAGUUGCUGUCGUUGGAUUUGUCGUCGAAUCAACUGACCAGCGCUUGGAUCAAUAACGAAACGUUUUCUGGCCUAAUACGACUGGUGCUGUUGAAUUUGUCUCGUAAUCGUAUCACAAAACUGGAUCCGACGCUGUUCCACGAUCUAUACACGUUGCAGAUACUCAAUCUGGAGCAUAAUCUGCUAGAGUCGAUUCCGGCCGAUACGUUCACGGCGUUGAAUAAUUUGCAUACGCUGGUGUUAUCGUUCAAUCGUAUAAAAUAUUUAGAGGCGUAUUCGUUGAACGGUUUGUACGCGUUGAGUUUAUUAUCGAUCGACUACAACCGUUUGGAAUCGUUGCACGCGAAUUCGCUGCGGAAUUGCACCAGUUUACAGGAUUUAAAUUUGAGCGGUAACAAGUUCACCGAAGUACCGACGGCGUUGAAAGAAAUGCGUCUGCUGAAGACGUUGGACUUGGGCGAGAACCUAAUCACGAAUCUGGAGAAGCCCGGUUUCAAAGGUAUGACUAACUUGUACGGUUUGAGAUUAAUUGCCAAUCAGAUAACUACAGUAGGUAAAAAAUCGCUGCUCGAGUUGCCCUCGUUGCAGAUCUUGAAUUUGUCGCAGAAUCGUAUCAAAUCGGUGGAAAAAGGCGCGUUCGCUACGAAUACAAAAUUAGAAGCGGUACGCGUCGAUAGUAAUGUGCUGACCAGCAUCGAUGGCAUAUUCAAAGACGUGCCCAGUCUCGUUUGGCUCAAUGUAUCCGGUAACCGGCUACAAGACUUCGAUUACGGCAUGUUUCCGGCCAAUCUGCUGUGGCUGGACGUGCACGGAAAUUUGAUCGAACAUUUGAACAAUCAACAUCGCGUCAAAACUUCCAUACAGACCUUGGACGCGAGUUUUAACAAGUUGGCCAAAAUCGUUACCACUUCCAUUCCAGAUUCCGUCGAAUUGCUCUUCUUGAACGACAAUCGUAUAACGUUCGUUGAACCGCACACGUUCGCCAAUAAAGCCAACCUAACCAGAGUCGAUAUGUACGCCAAUGAGAUCUCCAACCUGGACUUGGCCGCCCUGCAGCUGUCAUCCGUGCCACAAGAUCGUCCUUUACCUGAAUUCUACAUCGGCGGCAAUCCGUUCCACUGCGACUGUACCAUGGAAUGGUUGCAGAGAAUCAAUAAAUUGGAAAUCCGACAACAUCCGGUCAUCAUGGAUAUCGAAAGUAUUUACUGCAAGUUGGUGUAUGAUCGAGAACGUAAAUUCAUACCGUUGACCGAAGCCCAACCGUCGCAGUUCUUGUGUUCUUACAAAAGUCAUUGCUACACGUUGUGUCAGUGCUGUCCAUUCGACGCUUGCGAUUGCGAAAUGAAUUGCCCGACUGAUUGUUCCUGUUAUCACGAUCAGAGCUGGAGUGCGAAUAUCGUCGAUUGUUCCCGAUCGAAUUACACCGAAAUGCCGAAUAAAAUACCGAUGGAUGCCACCGAGGUUUACCUGGAUGGUAACAACUUCGGCGAAUUAACCAGCCAUUCGUUCAUAGGACGUAAGAACCUGCGUAAUCUGUACGUGAAUAAUUCCAAUAUUGCGGCCAUCUACAAUUACACGUUCAGCGGAAUUGGUAAACUGAUCACUUUGCAUUUGGAAGAUAAUCGAAUCAAAAUACUGCAAGGAUUCGAAUUCGCCAGCCUGGUUGGCCUGAAAGAGUUGUAUUUGCAAAAUAACCGAAUCAGCGCCAUUGACAGUCGAACGUUUGUAAAUUUGAAAAAUCUCGAGAUCCUUCGCCUGGAUGGUAAUCGCAUUUAUAAAUUCGAAGUAUGGCAGUUCAUCGCUAAUCCGUACCUAAUUAGCGUCUCAUUAGCUCGUAAUUCGUGGUCAUGCGAUUGCCAGUUCAUCAACGAGUUCCGUCUAUGGAUACAAGAAAAUUUCGCCAAAAUUUCCGACAUCGAUACUAUAUCCUGCAUGUACAACAACGAAACGAAUCCGCUGGGUUCGUUUUUAAAAAAUGUCAAUAACACGUCGUGCAUCACAUUUUUUGGCUCGCUAGCCGAAAAUCAAAUGUUACGCGAUUACCUGCCAUUUCUGCUGCUGACCAGUACCAUUUUCAUCGUCGUGCUGGUUAUUACGAUGGCUGUAUUUUUGUACAAGAAAGAGCUGCAUAUUUGCAUGUACACUAGAUGCGGGUUUCGCUCUUGUUAUAAAUCCACAACGUUUGGCGACGAUACGGACCACGAAAGAUUAUUCGACGCCUAUGUCGCGUACUGCAUCAAAGACGAAGAUUUCAUUACACAAAUCUUAUGCCCGAGUUUGGAGCAAUGCGACGCUCCGUACAGGCUGUGUUUACACUAUCGAGAUUUCAAUAUCAAUUCGUAUAUCGCCGAUACCAUUAUCGAAGCGGCCGAGUCGUCCAAAAGAACAGUCAUCGUGUUGUCGAAAAAUUUCCUACAGACCGAAUGGUGUCGUUUCGAGUAUAAAUCAGCGUUACGCGAAGUUCUACGCGAUAGACGUAAUAAAAUCGUGUUCGUGCUACUGGGUGAAAUACCUCAACGCGAUCUAGAUCCGGACUUGAGGUUAUAUUUGAAAAUUAAUACUUGUAUACAGUGGGGUGAUAAUCUUUUUUGGCAGAAGUUGAAGUAUUUCAUGCCAAAUGUGAAGGAAAAUGCUUCUACCUUUAUUAUCUCUUCGAGAAAUUCGACCAACGUGUACGCCACUCCGUUUAAUUACUAUAAUAAUACCAUGGACAGGAGUCGCUGCUCAAACUAUCCGACAAUACCACCACCGCCUCCUAAUCCACCCGGCAAAUUGUGCAAUCAAUAUACCAACAGCUUGAUGAGAAAUGGUGGCAGUCACAUAUCGUUAGAUAAAAACGUCAAUCUGCAGCCCUUAUGGACGUAGCAAUUAAAUCAACCUUAUGAUAGAAUCCAAUUCAGCUUGCCGUAGACUGACACACACAUAUGCGGUGCGAAACCAGUGAUACUAGUGACCCCCAUUGUUUCCGCGUUGAUAUAAAUACCUGUGAAGAAUUUCGGAAAUUAUGUGUAAUUUUUUUGUAUUUCAUCUUCGCUUAAAUGUGGUUUUUUUUGUCUUUUUUCUUUUUUUAAUUGAUUGAAUCGAUCAUCGUUUAUACGUGAAAGAAAAACGAUUUAUUUAGUUAAAAUUCGGUGCUGUGUCUUGAUUUUUUUUGUAAAUCGAGAAAAGAAAUGAGAAUGUUUUUUUUUUUUUUUGUUAGUACGUAAGUAAGCGUAAUGUGACUAAACGAAACGAUACCAUGUUACAGACUAAUUUUAAAUUUUAACUGCGUUUACUGGAAUUUCGUCUUAGAUAGUUUAAAAUGAAUUAGGCUUCGCUCGUUAUUAAAUGUAAUUAUAACAAUUCCUAAUGCUGUGAUACGCGUUAAAAAUCCAAAACCGUUUGAGAAUUUCAACUCACCACGAUGCAUUUUAAAAUGUAGUACUUACCUGGUCAAUUUUCGUAGGUAUAAGGGCUUUCAUAAUCUGUGGGAAAUGGGACGUUAUGUGUAUUAUCUUUUAAAUAUGGUUGGAUUAUUUAAUCGAUUUGAUGACAACUGCUGCAUUAUUAAAUAUAAAAAAUUUGGCAUAAUUUUUCCUAAGUUAAUAAAGUAGCCUAUCCGAACUUGGUUAUAAUCCGGUGAUCUCAGCUCACAUGAGAUUUAGUUUUGUCCAACUGAUCUGACUCUUCAUGUUUCCCAGUCCAAGUUAUUUUGAUUAUUUUUCGAGAGAAAAAUUGAAGAAAAAGGGGACAGGGCUUAACAUUGAGGCAUUAAAACUGGACAUGUGAGCCUGCCAUUCAGGGCAUUUUAAACGUACAUACGUAUACCUACCUAUCUGCAUGAAUAAUUUUUCAUUUAGUGUCUAGGUACCCAUAGACUCAAAAUCUUCUUAGAUACCUUUACCUAUACCUACUUAGGUGCUUAUUUAACCAUUUUUCUCCAUCCGUAAAAUUUAUUUCAUCGACAAAUAAUAACGAAGCAAAUAAUUAAAAAUUAAUCAAAAACAAUGAGAAAGUUUCCUAGUAUUGUUCAUUCAACCUUGCUCUAGGUUAACUUCAAUUAAACCGACUUACCAAUUAAACAAAGCAAGACAGCCUUUUCCAUUUUAAUUUAUUUUUUACGCUUGAAAUUAACUGCGAGGAAGUUGAUCAGUACUUAUAGUCUUGCAACAAACCGCGCUAAAGAAAAAAAAAACUCUUAUGGAUACUUUUCAGUCAAUAUAGAUUACGAAAGUUUUUUUCUUGCGACAAAAAAUUUCAAAAAACUUCAUCCUGGAACUGCGCGUCGUUGAUAUUAUUUUUAAUUUUGUUAUAAUUUUGAACGAAAUAAAAAAAUACGUAUAAAAUUUUAUAGUCACGGUUUGUUGAAACUUGUUACCAAAGUUAUCCUAUAAAAAUAUCUAUCUAUGUAGAGAAACUCGAUAAAUCCAUUAAUUUUCAUUAAUUCUUCGAAGUCGUGAAAUUACGUUUAAAUUUCCAUGUUUUUCGAAUAUAGUAGGUACAAAAACCGUAAAGAAAAAUUGCAUACAUAUAGAUUACGUAAAAGCAUUAAAAAUGUUUUCUUUAGUGAAAAUAUGUAGAACGUUUUUCGAGGCAUUUAAAGCUCGUGUGGUCAAAACUGUUGUUACCUAUUAAUCGAUAAAUUGAUUAUAAUAAUUUAUGGCGCUAAUAAAAAUUAAAAACUUUUAUAGAAUUCUCGCGUAUAGAGUUUGAAUUUUGUGAACAUGUUUUUCGCUUUAUUUUCUUCAACUUAUUUUUAGAUGAAUUUAACUACCUAUUAUGUAUUACGUAUCAGGAAAAUCAGGGAAAUUAUUUACCACCGAAAAAAGCUUUCAUUUUGAUAAGUACUCGUUUGGGUAUACUACAAAGCGAUUUAUUUCGGUGAUUAUGUCAUCAAAAGUGUAAUUUGCGAAAGAAACUGGAAGAUUUUCACGAUAAUUACUCAUAAAAUGUACAUCACUGUCGACAGCAACAGCUUUAGAAAUUGCUUAGCUUGAAAUAUGGUUCAUUAGCGAAUGCAUAAAAAAAGUUAUUAAAUAAUAUUACCUACCUCUUUUCAUUUUUAAUGACAUCUUCCUGUUGAUUCUUUAGCAUAUCUACAUUUUUUUUAAAUUUUUUGUUUCUUGUUAAUCAACCAGUCAGCGUUAUCUUUUUUAAUGAUAGUAAAAAAAAACUAUUUUUGCGCUACCUAUUGGGAAUGAUGUUUGAGAGUAACUGCUGCUGGUUCAGUUGUUACUCUUCUUAUCAUAGAAUCAGAUUGAAUAGUGGGAGGGGACAGUUUGUUAAAAAAAGUCGAGGUCCGGUUAAAACUACAAAAUUUCACUCGAGGACUGUAAAAAACCUAGUUAGUUUUCAAUUUAUUUCAAAAACUGAGUACUUGGGUAAAUUAUGUUUUUUUCAUUUAAAAAAAAUUGAUUUUGGAAAAAUUCGUAAAUUUUGAGAAAUUUUAAGUUCAGUGAAUAGUGCAUCUAAGGUGCUCGAAUUCUAAACAUUUGAUGAAAUAUCAAAUUAAGUUCCACAAAUGUUGAAAGAUUAGGAGCACGCAGCAGCAGUACUUUUCCACCGACGAACUUACUUUUGAUAAAUUUGGUGUCUAAUUACGAAAAUAUGAUUUUUCAUUGUCUCAAAAAGCUCGUCUGAGGGUUUCAUGUAAUAAUUUAAACUCAUUAGGUACUUAGUUAAAAUUAUCUUCAGAAUAACGACCGUGUCUUGGGGGAAUAAAGCUUUAAAAAUUUUAUAUUUUAAGGGAUUUUAAAAAUACUUUUAGCGAAGAAGAUACCUAAAUCAAUUUAAUAAGGUAGAAAGCUAACACGUCUAUAAAAAAUUGCGAUUGUAAAAAAAUUAAAGUAGAAUAGUCUACUUUUGAAUGAACAAAUUCGCACCGGGUACAUGUUAAAUUAAACUUGUCACUCAAUAAAGCCUAAAUUUCAUCAACGUUCGAAAUUGGCAAAGUUUGUGAGAAAAAAAAAGAAGCAGAAGAACCGACUUUAGCCCCUCAUAUUGUCGCUAUCACUCUCGCAUUGCUUCGUGUAUUGUCUGCGAAAGAAAAAAAUAUAUUAUAGUUUAACGUGAAAAUGUAAUUUGCACUUUAUCUCGUGAAACAUUUGUAUUUUUAGGUAUUUUACUAUUCACCGGCAAUUCCCUUAGAACAUCAAUAAAAAUUAAGUUUGAAGACUGCGACACAACUUGUCGUAUGUGUAUUAAAAGUUUUUCCCGCGUUAAAAAUUUCUUUGCAAGAGAAAACGUGAGUAGGGUACCAACAGUGUUAAUGGUCGGCAUUAAUUUCAAAGCUGUUUGCGUGUGUGUUUUUUCGCUUCUCUUACCCGUUUUCAGCAGGUUUCUUCUAUGACAAAAGUACGAUUCAAAAGUUUCCAACAUCGUCGUAAAAAUGGAACUGUUCGCAUGCUGCAUGGCGGUUUGUUGAUUAUAAAAUUACCUACCUACCUCUGUACUUUGGCGUUCACUAGCAACUGUAGUGAUCAUAAAUGUUCUGCAGGUUUUUUUCUUCUUUCUCUCUUUUUAUUAUUUUCUUCUAGUAUUUCCAGAAAUAGAAGCUCAAGUACGGUUUACCACGUUAUACAUGCGCUUUUAUUAUUUUUUAUAAUUUAGUCCUUUCGUAACUGAAAUUUAUCGUCUUGUGUUUACAACUCUCUUUACAGUGAAGGAAAAAGUUGAAUUAGUGAGUACUUUGUACGUUUCGUUUACCUUCCAGGCGUAUUUUUUCUUUCAGUUUUUUCUGUCUUUCCGUUUCUUGUUUAUUUCCAAUACGCGAGCGAAUAAUAUUACGAUAAUUAUUCCUGCAAUCUGCGAGUGCUGCAGGUACCUACGACAAUUAUGCUGCCUUUAGUAUCUACAGAGAAAUUCUUUUUUUUUUCACUGCAUUUAUACCAUCGGUUUUGAAAUUACAAACUCUCAUAAAUAGAUAAAAAUGAAAGUAUAAAAAUUUUCUAAAAAAUUUACUGCUCGAAUCGAAACAUUGUCGCAAUGAUAUAGUACUUACAUGGAAAAAAUUUACGUCAGUUUUCUUUUUUAGUUUUUUAUUGCAUCCUUUGGGAAAUAUAUAUGCAGAUAGGUACUUACCUAUCCGCUUUAUUUUUUUAUUCGCCAAUCAAGAAUAAAAAAAUGCGCAAUAUUGUGUAACUUUUACACAUUCGUUAUAAUUACGGAGAUAAAAUUUUCUAUUUUCCUCCAACUUUUUGCAUCAUACUGUAGGCCGUAAACAAUAUGUUUUUAUUCUAAUUUUUUCCUUUAGAUUAUUUUUACGAGAGUAAAUAUAUUAUCCAGCAGUAUAUUUCUUUUGCUCUUUAUUUAUACUAUAUUGCGUUAUUCUACCCUCGGUCUUUUUUGAAUAUUAGGUUUUUUGUUCAGAUAUAAGUUUAAUUUUUUCCCUCUAAUUUUAUUUUGUCUUCUAAAAGUGUGUUCAUUUAGAUAUUCUUUUUCUCACAGAACCUUAUACUCGGAACAUUUUUCCGGUUACUGUUUUUUUUUCUGUUUUUUGGUUUUUCAUCGCGUUUCUUUCAUUUUCGCCAAACUGUUCCUUUCCAUCGUUGACAUUUGGAAUUCUUCAGUCAGUUCUUUAUUGCAUUUCACUGCUUGAGAGGAAAAAAAAUAAAGAGAAAAAAAAACGAAAAACUAGCAUGGUGAUUAAAUGGUUGAAAUUCUCAAACGGCGAAAAAUAUUUUCAUCGUUACUUUAUGAAAAUCUUGACUUUUUUUUUCUUUUAAAUUUAUUACGUAUACCGACCAACGCUUAAAGUAUAGAUACCCUAUUGGUAAAUCUUUUCUUGUCAAAAACGCCGCGUUUAAAUGAUGGAUUUGAGGUGUGAGCCGUAAACGAGCCAAAUGUUUUUUUAAAACGAGGUUUAAAAAUCACUAUUUUUUCCAAAGGUACCUAUCGUAUUAUGUUUUUAAACUCGUUCUAUGAUCAAUUUUUCAAUUGUUUUUAUUUUUAAAUAAUUCCAUUCUCGCAUUUUGUUUUUAUUUGUACUAGCGAAGUGUUGUUCCAUUUUUUUUCAUUUUACAUAUUUAUUUUUCUUUUUUAAUAUUUAUUUUAUUACGGUGAUUAUUAUUCAAACUUUGUGUUUUAUAAAUUGUUAAUCUAGUCAUGUACCUAUUUAUUUUGUUGUAUAUACGACGCUUUCUUUAUGUAUUUUUACGUAUAAUUUUUUUUUUUUUUUUGUAUAUUCGUGUUGACAUUGUAAAAUGUUGCUGCAAUUUUUCCCAUUUAUUUUAAGCCUUCAUGGAAAAUAAAAGUUGAAUUAUG